AGAUUUUCGGGGCUUCCAGCGGCUCCGCUCAGCUUAUAAAACGGGCAUUGCGCCUGCGCAGCCGAAACAUUACAACAAACGACGCGCGCAAGUUAAAUCCCCUCGAGAAACCACACACAAAAUGAAAGUGUUCGCGCUGUGUUCGAUGCUCGCCCUGCUCCUGGCUGGUGCCCAAUCCCUGCCCCAGAAUCGCGAGGGCGCCGCCUACACGAACGAGGCGAUCCGGCAGGCGCAGCAGACGCUGCUCAUCCCCAAGGAUGCCCAGAUCCAGAAUGUGCAGGAGGGCAUCGAGCUGGGCGCCUACGAGCAGAUACCCGGCAACCAGCGCAUCAAUCUCUUCGAGAUCCUCGGCGACCAGGUGCCCUCCGAGGUGAUAAACAACCUGCAGUCCCAGGUCGACCAGAUCGGUCGCAACUAAGUCGUAGGACCAUCUCCUUGGUUAGCUCAUUGCAUUUCGCCCUCAUUGUUAAGUUUCUCAGUAAUAAAACGAAAACAUUACACGUAUUUAA